AGGUGUCAGUCUAGAUUGGUGUCCGGUCGAGGCUAUUGCGCAGUAGGAACGCGAAGUGUUAUCUAAUGGCUCGUACAAAGCAAACGGCUCGAAAGUCGACGGGAGGAAAGGCUCCCCGUAAACAGUUGGCCACAAAAGCAGCACGAAAGAGCGCGCCAUCAACGGGAGGAGUGAAGAAACCGCAUCGUUACAGGCCGGGGACUGUCGCUCUGCGAGAAAUCCGUCGUUACCAGAAGUCGACGGAGUUGCUUAUCCGAAAACUGCCUUUUCAACGGCUUGUGCGCGAGAUCGCUCAAGAUUUCAAGACAGAUCUGCGCUUCCAGAGCGCAGCAAUCGGAGCGCUUCAGGAAGCAGCAGAGGCGUAUUUGGUCGGUCUCUUUGAGGAUACCAACCUUUGUGCCAUUCACGCAAAACGUGUGACGAUCAUGCCGAAGGAUAUUCAACUGGCGAGGAGGAUCCGAGGGGAACGGGCUUGAAGUGGCGCCAACGUAUAAACUGCGAACUGUACUGUUUUAGUUUAUUCUUCACGUACGUUUGUCUUGUAAAAUAGAGCCAAAUAAGCUGUGUGA